AUUUUUUAACCCAAAAUAAAUCUCCAUCUAAAAAAAAAAACUAUAAACUAAGAACAGAAAAAACAAAAUAUUUCCUUCAGUUCAAUCUCUAUACUACAACGAUUUUUUUUCCUCCAAAUCCCGUAACAGUAAAAUUUGUAUAGAUCGAAAAAAGCAACAAUUUUGACGCUCUAUGAUGGCAGAAAUUGCAAAACCAAAUCUCGUAUCCACAGAGACCACCAAUUUUGAUGAUGAGAACGGCAUUUUUGUCGACACAACCUCGAUUACUUGUUACGGAACAUCGAUUCUUCAGAUGGGUUUCCCAUCGGAGACCGCAGAGAUCUUUAGAGAGAUGAUUGAGAAGGAGAGGCAACAUUCGCCCAGAGAUGAUUACCUCAAGAGACUGAGAAGUGGGGAUUUGGAUUUGAAUGUCAGAAAUCAAGCCCUUGAUUGGAUUUGGAAGGCUUGUGAGGAACAUCAAUUUGGACCAUUGUGUAUAUGUCUAGCAAUUAACUACUUGGAUCGUUUCUUAUCUGUUCAUGACUUGCCUAGUGGAAAACCUUGGAUUGUGCAAUUGUUGGCUGUGGCUUGUUUGUCAUUGGCAGUCAAAAUUGAGGAAACUAAAGUUCCAGAGUUAAUACAUUUGCAGGUUGGAGAUCCCCGGUUCAUGUUUGAGCCUAAAUCGGUUCAAAGAAUGGAACUUUUGGUGUUGAAUGUAUUGAGAUGGAGGUUACGAGCCGUGACACCGUGCUCUUACAUAAGAUACUUCCUGAGUAAGAUCAAUGGCUAUGAUCAAGAACCAUCCAGCAGACUGAUCUCUAGAUCAUUGCUAGUGAUAGCCAACAUAACCAAAGGUAUUGACUUUUUGGAGUUCAGAGCUUCAGAGAUUGGUGCUGCGGUUGCUCUUUCUGUUUCUGGACAAGUCCACACAUUAGAAUUUGACAAAUUCUCCUUCUCUUCUUUCUCCUCACACCUUGAAAAGGAGAGAGUGAAGAAGAUUGGUGAAAUGAUAGAAAGAGAUGGGUCAAAUUCAAGCUCACAAACACCCAAUAGUGUAGUGUUUCAAAAUAAGACUCAUCAUCAUCAUCAUUCACUGUCUCUUUCUUCUACUUCUGUUUCCUCCUCCCUCACUUCUCUUUCUUAAUUUCUCCCUCUUUUAUAAUGUUUAAAUUGAAAUUUUAAUUGAUUGAGGAGAAACAAAACCAGAAGGAAAUUUGCGGAAAUGGUUUUAUGUUAAAGACAAAAAAUGUGAUGUGUAUUGUGUUUAUUCCGUUGAAUUUUUAAAAAUAUAAGGAAAGUGUAUUUUUGACUCCUA